AAUCGUACGCGUUGUGUUGUUCUUCUCUCUAUGCAUACGGCCACGCGUAAGGUUGUGGAUUUAAACUUCUUGCAAAUUGUGUGAAUUGAACGUUACUCUUACAUCGAUCAUCAAAUACAGUCCUUACCGUCUUCCCAAUAGCCAUAAUGGUAUCACAGGACUAUGGAAAGGAGAAUGGCGGUGGAGAUACAAGCUUCGAUAGUUCACCGCUUACUACUCCACCAAAUACAAACGGAAGUUUAGGCAAAUCUGAUGUGGUCAAUCCAACAAACACAACGGAAGAGGAUGAAGAUGAUCUACGAAUCAGAAAGAUCAUGGAAGAAGCACGAAAGAGAGCUUUGAUCGAAGUUGAAGAUCAAGGCGAUAUCUUGGCAAGCAUUCGACCGACUGGAAUGAGAUCAACAGCAAUGUCAUCUCGAUCGGGAAGUGGAGCGGGCACACAAAUCAAUUCUACAGAUAUGAAUGGAAGCAGUUCAGACGACGAAGAUGAUUUGAUGGAUGUAGAUCUUGGCUCAAUCCUCAAUAAUCCGGGCAAAACUUCGUCUUCAUCAAAUCGCUCACAGAGUACUUUCAAACAGGAUCCUUCUCCUCGCUCUCGCCCAAAGAAGACAGCGGACGAUUAUCUUGCAUCGUACGGCGUUCCACCCCAAGAAGAUGAUGAUGGUAGCUACAAACCUUCUACGUAUGCGACACAAUCGAACAUUACACCCAGUCAACGACCAAGGAGAGAGGCUGCACGCAAAGCACCUUACUCGUUCAAGCUCGCAUUACAAAGACCUUCUGAAUCACGCCAAGUGCUCUUGGAUACAAAGCAUAGCGCAGCUGUCAAGAUGGGUAUCGUCAAACCAGAGUCCUGGAAGCAGGAUAAUAGGUCGACAGGUAGCAACGACAUUGUCAAAAGACUCAUUCGGGAAAGAAACAGGGAGAUCAGGGAAGGAAUUGGCUCGGAAGGCGUGAAGCAGGCAAUAGCAUAUAUCGAAAAAUCUCGUCAAUACAUGGAAGAGGAGGACGGUUUGUUCGACUCGCUUUCAGAAGGAGAUGCAAAUGAGCUGGACGCUGAGUCUGAUGAUGCUGAGAUGUCAGACGAUGACGUUGGAGUGUCAAUGAAAUCUUCCAAGAACAAGCGUAUCAAAACGGAAACACAUGAAGACACUCUUGCUCGUUUUGACAGCGUAAAGACCGACGUUUUCAAGAAGCUCGAAGAUGACAAAGAUAAGGAAGAGGGUGAAGAAGGGCUAGAUGGCUCAAAAGCGCUUGAGAUCAUCGAAAGAGACCGAGCAGAUGGCAUUAAGGCGGCCAGCUCAGAAACGGACUUUGGACUGGCGGAGAGGAAUUUUUGGGAAACCGGUGAACGUAGAUUACCGAUUGAGGCGGAGAAGCUGCGUCUUGAGAAACCUUUUGGUCUACUUGCAACUUUGGUGAAUUUCCAAGACUCUCCUAAUCACGUUUACAUCGCGCAACUCUUGCAAAAUGCCGAUCUGCUGGAGGGCUUGACCGAUGCAUCAAUUCAACCUUUCACAAUCUGGUUGGUGGAACAAGCAAUGCUGAAUGGAUCAGAAGAUGUAUCAAUGGGUGCAAUUAUUGCGCUCGAGAGACUGCUGGACGGUGCAACAAAUGACGUUUUGCAGAUCUGCAUCGAUUCGUUGAUUUCAGCAUUGCGCUCUUUGGGGAUGAAGGAUGACGGGGUGCCGAGAAAAGAAAGUGGGAACUCGGACAUGGACUCGGAAAGCGAACGAUCAAAGCGGGUCACACAGAAAUUCAGGCUUGAGAAAUUGUCGAACUUUAUUGCCAUCUGUCAAAAGGUGGGAGAGUCCUUGACAUCAUCGAGCAUUGACUGCAAGCCGCUGCUCCUUUGUCUCUUCCGGAUCAUGGUGGAUCCACUAUACGAUUUCCUGCGAGGAGAGGCUCGAACUGCCGUAAAAGUGCUAAUGGGAGCAUCUUUCGCGCAUUGGCAGGGUAUCACAUGGGAUGUGGAAUUCCAGGACGUUUUCUGUUCUUUCUUGCGAUCAAAAUACCCAAGUACAAAACUUGCUUACCUUCAAUGUUUACCGUGUGAUUCCUUACGUUCUCGAAUCCUUGUGCGCAAUGUGGCAUUACGACUGAUCACGCAAGAAGAGAAAGAUUCCCUUCCUCAACCACAGCCAUACAUCAUCCCUGACAAUUAUGAUCUCUUGUUGACCACUUUGCAGCGACAAGACGAUUCAAUUAAUCCUCUUUGGGUGGCAAAAGGUCAAGUCAAUGCAAAUUUUACCCAAUUGGAAGCAAGCAUUGCUAUUUUGCAAUAUUGCUUCAUUGAUCUUCUGUUGCAACUCUGUUUUUUACGGGGAAAAGGGCCAAGGAAUCAAUCUCAAAAGCGCAUUUUUGAUCGUAUGAUCGCGGCAGAUUUGGAAAAGUUGAUCGCGAGUGAUCCAAUCCUUUCACCACGUCUUGAUGAGGAUAAGAAAGCAAAAGCUGAUAAAAAUAUUGCAUACAAACUUCUUCUUUCUAUCAGUAAACGAAAAGUAAUGCAAGUGGAAGAGAUUAUAAAAUUGUUAAACAUUUUUAAUCACCGUAUUUUGGAAAGUACAAAUAACGGAAGUAGACAAGCAAAUUUAGGUUUAGCAGCUCAUAUGGCUGCUUCUGAAUCACAAAUUCGUGCAAAAGAUGCAUUACAGAGAAAUGCUCUUUUGCUUACGUAUACCCUAGAACAAUUCGUCUCGGAGGAGACCGAAGCGGGAAAGACAGAGCAAGGCACUCUUGACGGUUAUUUCACUUCAAAGAGCUGAUCGCUCACUUGUAUUCAUAUGUAUCAUAGUAUCACUAAUCAUCAAUGCUCAAAUUAUCAUCACAAAACAAUC